CCCGCUGCCUCUCUCUUCAAAAAAGGGGUUGCUGCACAAGCCACCGCAUCCUAAGAAAAGACUAAAGAGAGAAAGAAAUAGGAGGAAAAAUAUACCCACAGAACAGAAUCGAGGAAAACGCAUAAAAACGAAUUUCCAGUUUCCUCUCCAAGGGUAGUGUAGGGACAUUGGGAGCUUUCUGAAUUGUGAACAAAGCCUGUUUAUUGUUACUUCUCUGUUAUUGGGACAAAAUAGAAAUGGGUUUUAUUCUAGGUUCAUUUUCACAGAUUUCAUUUUCAUGUUGUGGAAUUAUUUUCCAAAAGAAGAACUUGAAUUUAGUAGCUCCUAAUGCUUUCCCUAGAGUCGGUGAUUCAAACAACAAAAACAAUACUUAUAUGUGCGAUGGGAUUGUGAAAAAAGCCAUGGUUUCAAGCCAUUUGGUGCCCAGGCUUUUGGAGGGAUCAUAUAGAGGGAAGAAACAGCUAAAUGAUCGAUCGAAGAAGUUGGAGUUCGUUAGAACAUUGUUGAUUGAUAACUAUGAUAGCUACACGUACAAUAUAUACCAGGAGCUGUCUAUAAUUAACGGAUUGCCUCCAGUGGUGAUUCGUAAUGAUGAGUGGUCCUGGGAAGAAAUUUUUAUUCAGUUGUAUGUAGAGAAGGCAUUUGACAAUAUUGUCAUAUCUCCGGGGCCUGGUUCUCCUACAUGCCCGGCUGAUAUAGGAAUUUGCCUACGACUGCUACUCGAGUGUAUCGAUAUCCCGAUUUUAGGUGUUUGCCUUGGCCAUCAGGCCUUAGGUUAUGUCCAUGGUGCUCAAGUUGUACGUGCGCCCGAAGCUGUUCAUGGACGCCUGAGUGACAUUGAGCACGAUGGUUGUAGAUUGUUCCAUGAUAUCCCUUCUGGACAGAAUUCAGGAUUCAAGGUAGUUCGAUAUCAUUCCCUCGUUAUAGAUCCACAGUCACUUCCAAAGGAACUCAUACCUAUAGCAUGGACCUCCACUGCCAGCACACUUCCUUAUCUUGUACCCCAUAGAUCUAUUACCACCCGUGUUGUUUGUAGCGCACAGAAUAGCCUGCAAAUUUCGCCUGACUCUUUGUCCAAAACAUCAGUCAAUGGGUCACCAUGGCAUUUCUCUGAUUUUAAGGAAAUGCAGAGUGGAAAAGUUCUUAUGGGCUUGAUGCACACUAGUAGACCUCAUUAUGGAUUGCAGUUCCAUCCUGAGAGCAUUGCAACUUGUCAUGGGCAGAAGUUAUUCAAGAAUUUUGCAGACAUCACUAAGGACCAUUGGUUUAGGUUGAGAUCAUCACUGGUUAGUGAGAGAAAGCUCCAUUUUGAUGCAUGCAUGCAGGUGCCCCAAGUCCAGCGGAUGUUCCAAGAUGUUUCACAAGCUGAUCGUGUGGUGAAUGACUUGGACAAAAGAAAUCAUGUUAGCAUGAGUAACGUAAUAAAUCCAUCUCAUUCUAGGAGUGGUACAAAAAAUUUGAGGUUGAAAUGGAGAAAAAUCGAAGGCCUGGUGAGCCAAGCUGGUGGAGCGGUGAACAUUUUCAGCAAGCUGUUUGGAGAUCAGAAGUCGGAAAACACCUUUUGGCUAGAUAGUUCCUCAAUGGAAAAGAGCAGGGCACGCUUUUCAUUCAUGGGGGCAAAAGGUGGUUCUCUCUGGAAGCAAGUGACGUUUAGAUUGAAAAAUCCAAGCAAUAUGACGUUGAAGGCAGGAGGCUAUCUAUUAAUUGAAGAUGCUAAGGGCUCUAUCAGAAGUACAUUUUUGGAAGAUGGAUUCUUUAAUUUUUUGAAUAAGGAGCUCCAGUCAUUUCAAUAUGAUGCCAAUGAUUACAAAGGAUUGCCCUUUGAUUUUUAUGGAGGUUAUAUUGGUUACAUUGGGUAUGAUCUUAAAGUUGAGUGUGGCAUUGCUUCUAAUCGUCACAAAUCGAGAACCCCAGAUGCUUGCCUUUUCUUUUCAGAUAACCUUGUGGUGAUAGAUCAUCACUAUGGUGAUGUCUAUAUCUUGUCUAUUGUUGAUGGUAACAAGAAUGACACUUCUUGGUUGGAUGAUAUUGAGCAGAAGCUUCUCGACUUUAAAACUUAUCCUACUAUGAAGUCUAUAUCUGAGGCAUCUCGCGUUUCAACAGAUGUCUCAUUUAGGCCCGGGUUUUCCACUGAAAAAUCUAGAGAGCAAUACAUUGAAGAUAUUGGGAAGUGCCAGAAAUUUAUUAAAGAUGGUGAAAGCUAUGAGUUGUGUCUUACAACUCAGAUGAGAAGAGAAGUAGGAGAUAUAGAUUUCCUGGGACUGUAUCUUAGUCUUAGAGAAAAAAAUCCAGCGCCAUACGCUGCCUGGCUUAAUUUUUCAGGGGAAAAUCUAUGCAUCUGUUCCUCAUCCCCUGAGAGGUUCCUAAAAUUGGAUAGAAAUGGUAUUUUGGAAGCCAAACCUAUCAAGGGUACCAUAGCUCGUGGAUCAACACCAGAGGAAGAUGAGUUACUCAAACUACAACUGCAAUACAGUGAAAAGGAUCAAGCUGAAAAUUUGAUGAUCGUUGACCUUCUGAGGAAUGACCUGGGGCGGGUUUGUGAGCCGGGCUCUGUUCAUGUGCCUAAUCUUAUGGAAGUUGAAUCCUAUGCUACAGUUCACACAAUGGUGAGUACGAUACGUGGAACAAAGCAACCAGAUAUUAGUGCAAUCGACUGUGUGAAAGCAGCAUUUCCCGGUGGGUCAAUGACAGGUGCACCAAAGCUAAGAUCAAUGGAAAUUCUGGAUUCUCUGGAGAGUUGUUCAAGAGGUAUUUACUCUGGAUGCAUUGGAUAUUUCUCGUAUAACCAAACCUUUGACCUUAAUAUAGUUAUAAGAACUAUUAUCAUGCACGACGGUGAAGCUUCCAUAGGGGCAGGAGGGGCUAUUACAGCACUUUCAAAUGCUAGCGACGAGUAUGAAGAAAUGGUUUUGAAAACAAGAGCUCCCACAGAAGCUGUUAUGGAAUAUGAGAGAAGUACAAUAUCGGAAUAUACCGAGUCAUAGGUAAGCUGUAAUGCAAAGAAAACAUCAGCACGAAAAAAGUAGGAAGUCAUUCUAUACUCCAUUAGAAUAGUUUGUGAAGCCCAUAAAUAUCGUCUUUUCGUUUCCCCAUUUCUUGUGGAAGUACUUUCAGAAAAGAGGGCUCUAUCUUCUAUAUUUUUGCUUAAUUUGUGUUCUUUCCUCCCUCCCCUAUAAUGUCAUUACAGGUGACCUGCCGAAAACUGCAUUGAUGUUGUAAUGGUCUUUUGCAUUAUUUAUCAUUAUACGAAAUGGCUGAAAUUAUGGAAUA